GCAAUCAGGAAGCAGUCGCGAUUCUUCCAGCGAGUUUCACAACAACUUUUAAUCAUGACAACAUUGUCCGUUUUAUAAAAUCGAGUCGAAAAACAACAGGCGACUCAACUAUGACACAGAACCACGUGACCGGGAUGGAGAACGCCGCCGUGUCCGUCCUGAAACGGGCGGUGGAGCUGGACCACAGCGGCCGCCUCCCGGAGUCUCUGGUCUGCUACCAGGAGGGAAUCCAGCUGCUGAUCGACGUGUUGAAAGCAGCUGUGAAGGAUGAUUCCAAGAGAGGACACUACAGAGAGAAGACACAAGGCUACAUGGCCCGAGCCGAGCAGAUCAAAGCUCUUGUCAGCCAGAUGAAAGAGGACGGGAAGUACCAUGAGCAGAAUAAAAUACCGGAGGAUGCUACAGGUCAUAGCUACGAGGUUCUGUUCAAGCCCUACAUCAGCAGCUUACUGACGGAGGUCUGGGUGGAGGACCCAUACAUAAGACACACCCACCAGCUCUACAACUUUGUUCGGUUCUGCGAGAUGCUGCUCAAAGCGCCAUGCAAGGUGAAGAGGAUCCAUCUCCUCACCUCACAGGAUGAACAGGACAGCAGCCAGCAGACAAGAGCUUUGGCUGAGCUCAAAGAGAGUGUCAGUGCUCAUGGGAUGGAUCUGGAUGUGCAGUACUCCUCCACCAUCCACGACAGGGAGAUCAGGUUUGACAAUGGUUGGAUCAUAAAGAUAGGAAGAGGAUUGGAUUACUUCAAGAGACCUCAGGGCCGCUUCUCUAUUGGAUAUUGUGACUAUGACCUCAGACAGUGCCAUGAGACCACUGUCGACAUUUUUCACACCCAACACACCAAAACACUAUGAUAUUCCUCAAGCUGGAUUCACUGUUACUCUAACUCAAGGGACUUCAUCCACUUUCCUGCCUUUAAUACACACACAUACUCAUCUGCUCUACUGAUGGAUUUUUGCCUUCAUGUAAACUCUAAUGAUCAGAAUCAUCUUACAUUACGCAUCUCGUCGCUGAUACGUAUUAACUAUCGACCAACUAUGUGAUGGAAUUUUUUAUAUAUCUUCCCUGGAUUCGUCUUCAUCACUUUUGAGGCAUCUUUUUGAGGGUGUCACACCGCCACCUGGUGGAAAUGUUUCUAAAUAUUUUUUUUUAAUUUAUUAAAAGUGCUUGUAUAACAUCAUAA